AUGACGGAUGAGGUGCAAUUUGUAUCUACUCAGAUACAGAGCCGCGCUGAAGAGUUCAACCACCAACUAGCUGUAUCAGAGGAUCUCAGACAGUUUUCCCAUGUGAGCCUUAUAGACAAUCCAGCAAACUCAGCCAAAACGCGAACAAAGAGCACACAUAGAGUCAAGCAGAGGCGACCGAAGUCAAUCUCAUCACAUGUUCGGACCAAGUUCAGUGCGAGACAUAAAAAGUCGCUUUUCGAGAUGCGCUCUGACCGUUUCAAGAUAGUAGACUCUAAAGCAAGCAGAGGCAUCCUCUACGAUUCUGAAAGCUGGACACACAGAUACGUGAAACUGAUUCCUCCUUGUGUCCCAAAGCCAAAGAUCCGAGCGUUUGAUCAGAAGGGCGAGGCUGAUUUGAACGAAAGCAUAUGGGGUAAGGCUGGAACGUCACCCGAUCUGAAGGAUCAAGAUCUGGAGACAUUGUACGAUUCCACUACGGAAAGGAGGGUUAAAAAAAACGCAAAGCUGCAGCAGCAGAGUGAUGUUUAUGCAUAUGAUGAUGAAAGCAGUAUGAACCAGAGCUUUCCUCAGAGUUUGGAGGCUAACAAUAUUGAAGCUGAUGAUAAAUUGGAAAUUGAGAACAGUUCAGCAGACGAGGGGGAGGAGCUUCUUUUGGAAGUUUGGCCGAACAAGAAACAGAAAGCCAUUGAAGCUCGGUACCGGGCCGCUGAGAUGGAGAUAGAGAACAGUUCUGGCGAAGAAAACGUUCUAUGCGAGCUCUGGCUUCAAGAGCACUUGGACACAACAGCAUCUUCCCACUGGAACUUCAAAGAAAGCGAAGAGAUAGCAAACAGCUCUGAAGAGGAAGAAUUGUUGACAAUGCAAUAA